AACAACCAGCGAGGACGAAUUAAUUCAUCACUCUACUGUCAAUUCUCUAAAUAUAAUAACUUCUUUCACUAUAAAUGUUUUAUAGCAACCUCGAAUGUGCCCUUGCGUCCACCACACUGUGGUUUUAGCAACGUUACGCAUACCAGGGUGGUUGGCGGUAGACCAGCAAAACUUGGUGCUUGGCCAUGGAUCGCUGCAUUAGGUUAUAUUAAUUGCGCUGAUCCAGAUGGAGAACCGUAUUGGGGCUGCGGAGGUUCCCUGAUAUCGGCUAGGCAUGUUUUGACUGCAGCACAUUGCGUAAAAAUUUUUGGAUUGUACGUGGUUCGUAUUGGGGACUUAGAUCUAGGACGAGAUGAUGAUGGAGCGCAUCCUGUUCAAAUAGAAAUCGAAUAUGUACUAGAACAUCCUAAUUAUACUAACGGUACACACCAUGAUGAUAUUGCUAUUCUUAAACUGAAGAAAAAUGUUCCAUUUUCGGAAUACAUACGUCCUAUUUGUCUCCCCAUAGACCAGCCCUUACGAAAUAACAACUUCGAGGGUUUCCAUCCUUUUGUUGCUGGAUGGGGAGCGGUGGGAUAUGGUAAAGAUUUGAGUGACGAAUUACUGGAAGUACAAGUGCCAGUGAUUAGCAACACUGAAUGCAAGAAAGGUUAUUGGCCAAUUGACAAGCAGCGUAUCACCACAAAAGUAAUAUGCGCCGGCGAGAAAGAAAAGGAUGCUUGUCAAGCUGACAGCGGCGGACCACUGAUAAUACCACAGCAAUUCACCUACUAUCAAAUAGGUAUUUUGUCCAGUGGUCACAGGUGUGGCACUGCUAGAUUUCCCUCCGUUUACACUAGGGUCACGUCGUACUUUGACGACUUCAUUCUGCCAGUGUUGCAAAAUUAUUAAUGUCUCAUAAAUAUAAUUUUUCGUGUACGAGAAGCAAAGCUGGAAUUUAUAAUUGUGGUGAUAAGAGCCAGCUCAGACUUAUUGUUUUGUAUGGCAGGGAUUAUAGCCUUAACAUGCAUGAAAUGUCACUUUGAAGCGACACUAAUUUUUUAGACACGCUAAAAAUGCACGACAUAGAGAUAUAAAAAUGAUAAACGAACAUUAAUUAAAUUACUAUUUCCGCUUCUUCUUUUUUGAUGGUAAUAAUAAAUCAACUUU